AUCGAACUUAUUCUUUACCGUUCACGUGUGAACAGUACCGUAAUAUGUACAAAGGACUUAAUCGCGUGAAAAAAUCUCGUGGAAAUACCCAUACAGUGAUCGCUGAUAAUCGUUUCUCCGAUAUCGCGGUUAAAUUAUAACGAGCCAGUCAAACGAGUCGAUGUGAGAACAGAAAAUGCAAACAAUCCUUGCGAGCGGUAAAUCAAGGAAAACCGAUUGUGUCGAUGUCUAUAUUUAAAUACGGGAUCAGCAAUCUUUCGGUAAUGCGUGAAAGCGACUGCUUCCGAGAAAACAAAUCGACGCGGAAAUUGUGCACGUAAUCGAAUGUUAUGCGAUUUAGGUCAAUGUCUAAACGCGGGGUUAUCGGUGCGGUCGCAAAGCUUUCGUCGCUGGGAAUCGAUUAGAUUGAUUGUCGCUGUGAGUUUGAAAUUUCCAAUGACGUAAUCUAUGAAAUAAGGAUUUACAGAUUGUUAUCGGGCAGAAUUUGGAAUCCCCGUGGGUCGUGUAAACCAUGAAUACAGAACUCGAACAAAGGACUAGACAGGAAAAAUGCUGCGAAGGAUAUGAGAAAGUACAUCGUCAGAGAUGGAUGGAGAGAUUGCAGAUUUUUUUGUGGAGGAUCAAGAUGGAUGGUGGACUUACCAUGGACUUGUGGAUGACUCAUAUUUAUAUUAAAAAUGAAAUACUAGCUUUAGUAGCUUUUUACUAGUAAUACUAGCUUCUACUAGAUUUUAACUAGAAAUACUAGCUUCUAUUAGCCCCUAGUAGCAUCUACUAGCUUCUACUAGCUUUUGACUAAAAAUACUAGCUCCUAGUAACUUCUAGUAGCAUCUACUAGCUUCUAAUAGCAUCUACUAGUUUUUAGUAGCAUCUACUAGUAACUACUACUAGCUUCUAACUAGAAAUACUAGCUUCUUCUACCUUCUACUAGCUACUGACCAAAAAUACUAGCUUCUAGUAGCUUCUAGUAGCAUCUACUAGCUUUUAGUAGCAUUUACUAGUAAUUACUACUAGCUUCUACUACCUUCUACUAGCUACUGACUAGAAAUACUAACUCCUAGUAGCUUCUACUAGCUUCUAGUAGCAUCUACUAGCUUUUAGUAGCAUCUACUAGUAACUACUACUAGCUUCUAACUAGAAAUACUAGCUUCUACUACCUUCUACUAGCUACUGACCAAAAAUACUAGCUCCUAGUAGCUUCUAGUAGCAUCUACUAACUUCUAGUAACAUCUACCAGCUUUUAGUAGCAUCUACUAGUAAUUACUAUUAGCUUCUAUUACCUUCUACUAGCUACUGACUAGAAAUUCUAGCUCCUAGUAGUUUCUAGUAGCUUCUACUAACUUCUAGUAGCAUCUACCAGCUUUUAGUAGAAUCUACUAGUAAUUACUAUUAGCUUCUACUACCUUCUACUAGCUACUGACUAGAAAUUCUAGCUCCUAGUAGUUUCUAGUAGCUUCUACUAGCUUCUAGUAGCAUCUACCAGCUUUUAGUAGCAUCUACUAGUAGCUACUACUAGCUUCUAACUAAAAAUAUUAACUUCUACUUCCUUCUACUGACUUCUAACUUGAAAUACUAGCUUCUACUAACUACUACUAGUUUCUAACUAAAAAUACUAGCUUCUACCACCUACUACUAGCUUCUAACUAGCAAUACCAUCUUCUGUUAACUUCUACUAGCUCCUAACUAGAAAUACUAGCGUCUACUAGGUACUACUAGCUUCUACUAACUAGAAAUACUAGCUUAUAAGUAUUUUGAGUGUUAAACCUUGAUAAUUUCUGUAACUAAAAAUUGCAGGGUAAAUACAGUGUGAAGACAACAUAGAGAAGAGGGUUUGGAUAAGAGUUGAUCUCACCUUAGCCUUGGCCAGCGGCAGUUUUUUUGCCCUCGUUGUGUGCCGUUUUACGCUCGGAUCUCCGUUCGCAGAAGCGACGACGGUUCACAGGAAGACCGCGGGAAAUUAGAGUGGGAGCGACGAUAUAAAGAUGAGCGUCCGCAACAAUCGGAAUAGGAGAAUCUAUUCAUCAUGCGGAGAUAUCGAACGAUUGGCAUCUUCGCCCUAGUGGCGUUUGCCUGCAUUCAGGCGCAAGCGGAAGAACUACGAGCAAAACGUAGCCCACAUGGAUUCGAGCUAGGAGACUUGAGCAAAUCGCUCGCUGGAGGAUUAGGAGGAGGAUUGGGAGGAGGAUUUGGCGGUGGAUUCGGAGGAGGAUUCGGCGGAGGCGGCGGUGGAGGCGGAGGUGGCGGUGGAGGAUUCGGUGGAGGCGGCGGUUUUGGAUCCGGUGGUGGAUUCGGUGGUGGAAAAGGCGGAGGCGUUGGCGGAGGUGGCACUAAGGGCGGUAGCGGGUGCUCCUCUGGACAGUGCGGUUCUGGAGGAGGUCAUGGAGGUGGAGCUGGAGGCGGACUCGGAGGUGGACUCGGAGGUGGAGCCGGAGGUGGAUUAGGAGGUGGUGGUGGACUAGGAGGUGGAGGUGGAUUAGGAGGCGGAGCCGGCGGUGGUGCAGGAGGUGCCGGUGGCCACGGAGGUGGAGCCGGAGGUGUGCAUACGGAACCGGUAGCGGUUAUGGUGGAGCUGGCGGUACUGGUGGAGGAUACGGCGGUGCUGGCGGUGCCGGUCGCGGUGGUGGUGGCGCCGGUGGUUAUGGGGGUGCUGGUGGCGGCGCUGGUGCCGGUGGUGGUGCUGGUCAUGGAGGUGGGCGGAGCCGGUGGUGGCGCUGGAGGAUUUGGCGGAGCCGGUGGUGGCGCUGGAGGAUUUGGCGGUGCCGGGGGUGGCGCUGGAGGAUACGGUGGAGCCGGUGGAGGUGGCCAUGGGGGCGCUGGCGCUGGCGGUUAUGGCGGGCAGCGCAGGCUGUGGCAAAGGCGGCUAUGGAGGUGCCAAUGCUAACGCAAAUGCUAAUGCUAACGCUCACGCAGGUGCAGGUGCCAGUGCUUUCGCAAGCGCGAGUGCAAACGCCAAUGCCCUUGCAGGUGGUAGCGCCUCAGCUAGCGCAAACGCAAAUGCAAACGCUGGCGGUGGAGGUGGCUAUGGUGGAUACGGUGCUCCCGAUUUUGGCGGUCAUGGAGUCGGCCUCCUGAACCGUAUGGGAGACCUCGACGUGGGAGUGAACGAGAGCGGCAAGGUGGACAACGCGAAAGGAGUGUACAGCAGCAGUUCAGCCAGCCUGGACUCCUCCGGAAAGGGCACGUACAAAGUAGCUGCGGGCAAAGUGUGAACCCCCUCGAAGAGACCUACCCACGAACUCGAAAUUACAUCCGUGAUUUAUUCAUACUGUGAUUCGAACAAUCAUAUAUACGCGUCGCGUUUCGCUUAGUGCUUAUUCCGUGCUUAAGUGGGCCAUUACUGGCCGGUGCUAUCUGCUUUAGCGCAGUUGUUUGUAAAUUGUAUGACUCGAAUAAACGAUUGACAUCUGUUAACA